GACCCUCUGUGCUUGCAUAGAUGACCUCAAGGCCUUGGAGUUCAGGUUGUACAGCGUACAGCGUAGGUGGAAAGACUCCCGGGAAAGAGGCAGCAUCACACUUGGUGCCAUCAAGCUCUCUAUACACUUGUAGGCUGAAUGGACUUGUUGAGGAGCCCUGGCAGCAGGCGAUCGGGCGGUGAGGAGCCUCGGGCGCGGCCUCGCCUCCCCGGCCCGGCUCCCGCAGCAGCACCGUGGACAGCACAGACCCUCUCUCCGGGACCCUGCUGUCCGCAGGAGCUCGUCUCGGGCUUCGGCGAUCUCAUCAGCACCGCGGACAGCACCCGGGCCCUUGCGGGCCUCGGCCACCCCACCAGCUCUCCAAGUCAGCACCGCGGACAGCCCCCCUGGGCCAGCCCUGAGGCCGCCUAGGAGUGGUCAGCACCCUCUGAAGAUGGCCACUGAGGUUCACAAUCUUCAGGAGCUCCGGCGAAGCGCAUCCCUGGCCACUAAGGUCUUUAUCCAGAGAGACUACAGUGAUGGUACCAUCUGUCAGUUCCAGACCAAAUUCCCCCCAGAGCUGGAUAGCCGGAUUGAGCGGCAGCUCUUUGAAGAGACCGUGAAGACCCUCAACGGGUUUUAUGCGGAGGCUGAGAAGAUCGGGGGAAGCUCCUACCUGGAGGGCUGCCUGGCCUGUGCCACAGCCUACUUCAUCUUCCUCUGCAUGGAGACCCACUAUGAGAAGGUUCUCAAGAAGAUUUCCCGUUACAUCCAGGAGCAGAACGAGAAGGUCUUUGCUCCUCGAGGGCUCCUGCUCACGGAUCCUGUGGAACGUGGCAUGAGGGUUAUCGAGAUCUCCAUCUAUGAGGACCGGUGCAGCAGCGGCAGUUCGAGCAGCGGCAGCAGCAGCGGCAGCGGCAGCAGCAGCGCCGGCGGGGGUGGGGCGGGGGCCCGGUGACUGGCCGAGAGUCCCCGCAGGGAGGUGUAUGGCCGGAGCGAGGGUCUGGCAGAUCUGCGGAGGCUGCGUUACCAGAGCACCCGCUUCUGAGUCUUUCUCUGGGCCCACCCUGCCGUGUGGCGCGGAAGGGAGGGUGACUACCCGCUGUUUCAUGUCCCCAGUCCUUUGUCCCUUGGCAGGAUCUUCCUCUUUCUGACCCUGGACCUUUCUUUCUCCCAUGGGGCUGGUCCGGGUCAUCAGAGCCAGGCUUUCCUAGGGAAGUCUGAGGGUGGGGGAAACCCAGCUUAGAUGAACCCUCUCUUCUUUGCCUUUUUCCCCCACUCCAAGGAGGACCUGGAGAAUUCCCACCCUGCAUGAUCCUUCACCGUCAAAGCCCAUGUCUACCUGGACUCUGCCCUGGGCUCUUUCUAAGGCCCAAGGCCACCAUGAGGCUCCUGCUUGUCAAUGAUCCCACCUCCUCGUUGGAGAUCUGGGGAGAUGGGUGCCCUGGGAGCUAUCCAGCUGCUCCUAAGGCUGUGUGUGGCUUUCCUGUCCUUCCCUCAGAGCGGAAAGUCCUCUCAGCCUUGCCAAGAUACACCCAACUCAGAGACUUUGCACCCCACCAGGAGCUGGUUAUGGGUGUUCAGCUUGGGACUCUGGGGGGUGGUGUUCCACUGGGAUAUGGUAAAGCCCUGUGGAUGAAUGCAGCUGGACAGAGCUUGAAUUCCUGAACUGGAGCCAAUUCCUGCAUUGUGUGCAUACUGUGUGCACAAAUGUAUGUAUGUGGGUUUAUGGGUGGGAAAGCAUGUGCACAUAUGAGUUUACAAGUGUGUGAAUGUGAGUGAGUGUACGUGUGUGACUUCACAAGUGAGUGUGAGUGGGUGUGUGCACAUGUGUGCACGAACCUAUGUUUAUCUGAGUGAAUGAGUGGGAAUGUGAGUGUAUAUGUGCACACAUGUGUGCAAGUUAGGUAUGCUUGUGCAUAAGUGCAGGCGUGUGAGUAUGAAUGUUUAUGUGUAAUGAGCAUGUGUGUGUGGAGAGAGAGGUUACUUUGUGUGUUCUUUGGCUGCUGGGCUAAUAACUCCCACGUCCUGCCCUGUCCUGUCACACAGUGGUCUGCAGCACCUCCCUGUGAGUUCUUCCUGGCCCUGUCGGUCAGUGUCCUAAGGCUGGGCUUCGACGUGGUUCUUCUUCCUGGCCUUCCUCCACCCUGGCUCUAUUGUGCACAUUCUAAUGGAGGAAAGGCUGGGGUCCUAGGAGAGCAGAGCCAACAUCUGGGUGGUCUUUGGUGCCCUUCUCCCAGGCCCCAUGACACAGCGGGGCCACAGAUGCUGCAUAUUCAGCCUGCCCAGGUGUCAGGGCCCUGAAGUCCUGCGGGGAGACUCCCUAGACAUUCAAGGCAAAUGUGCCUUGCAAGAGAAGAAGGGCUGGCCAGCCAAUGGUGCUGUGGCUCCCAGGGGGAGCCAGUGUGUGUGUGGGCAUCCUGGGGCAUGACUAUGGACAGAAAUGGGCUGCCUACCUCAGCGGGCAGGAGGUGCUAGAAGUAAACAGGAAACACCAGCCACUGUAGGUAGCUUCCUAGAGCUUGAAAGGGCCUGGUUCUCUACUGGCCAAAGCGGCAGCAUGUGACAUCAGGAGACUAUGCAGAGAGAUGGAGAGGGCUGGCCAAGGCCCUGAAGCCUCAGGGAGCCUGAGCCUGAUGAGCCCGGGUGCAACGAACCCCUUCUUCCCAAGCUGCAGCCCCAGACUCCCGACAGAAGCCUAUGUCCUCCCUAGCCUGCGGUAUGGCCAGGCAUCGUGUCUGACCUUGGCACAUCCUGUUGGGAAGGUUGGGAAGAGGCAAAAUGGAGACCUUUUGUUUUAUUCUUUUUCCAAUAAAAGGACUUGCCAGCUUGA